AUGCGUAUACAUCCUAUUUGGCAAUUAUGGUAUAAUCUGCUACGUGAGAAACUCGUAAAACUCAACCUAUUCGACACACAAUCAUCAGAUUCAAAUAUUGUUCGUCGUGAAAUUCUUACUACUCGUCUCUUUCUUAUUUUAUUAGCCGUCUCUGCGAUUAUUCUAACUCUAUAUACUUCUCUUAGUGUACAAAUUAGCACUGGUUUUGUAUCAUCACCGACCCAAGUUGUCUAUAGAAACCUAGAAGAAAAGUAUCCAGACACAUUAAAAUGUCCAUGUGAGAAAAUUUCAAUACCGUACAAAACAUUUGUUCAAACAGUACCAUUAAUGCAUCAAGUUUGUUCUAGUCCUUUUGUUUCUCAAUCGUGGAUUGUGUUUACUUUUAAAAUCAAUAAUUCAAGACUUUGGCCUAUGGAUGUAAGAACACAAUUAAGCACAAUAUGGCAACUUAUUUCGGCUCUUUGUCAAAGUGCAACUAACACAAUUACUCAUGUACUUAAUGAAUUUGUCGAAUCAUCAUUAAUAAGUUUGACGAUAUUAUCUGAAAAUUUAUUAAAAGCAAAAACUCAAGCUGCUCUUGAUUUAGUACGACAAAAAGCAUCAUCGGCACUUAUUCGACCACUUACACUCAUUAAUCGAAUUGCACAAACGAAUCUAUUCAUGACAGCUUUGUCAACGAAUUAUAUCACAUUCUUAUGGUAUCAAUUUGAGCUAAAGAAACUAGCUGUUAGUUUCAUCGAGACCUAUUAUAUACUGAAAGGAUCGACAAAUAAUUGCAUAUGUCUAUAUAAUGAAUCAUGUCCUAUAGCAGGCAAUGUCUUUUUCUAUGAUCCAUGGGACACAUAUGGAGUCUUUGAUAUGAAUACAAUUAUUGCCAAUCAAACCUUACCUGGUCUUGUGUUCGAUUGUACACCAUUACAAACGACACUUGGUUCGACGUUAGAAUGUUUCUAUAAUCAGUCAUGUCUUGAUAUUCUUCUCAUGACUUAUCAAAAUACUAUAAAUAUCUCAAUACUUGAUAAAGCUCUGCCAAGUCGUUUUACACCAGCAUCAACCAUCGAUAUACUUAUUAAUGAACUUUUUAUUGAACAAAUUCUCAAUGAAACUAAUUACAAUUCAUAUUAUUCUCAAUGUGCUCCUGUCUAUUGUAGUUAUACUUAUUCACAUCGGUUUGAUUGGAUUUAUGUUGCAACAACUCUUAUAGCCUUUCUUGGUGGACUCAAUGUAGCAUUGCGUUUAAUAACACCAUACUUGAUUGGCCUUAUUUUAUUUUUGAAGCAAAAAAAGUACAAACAGAACAAGUCUAAUAAUAAUGAGAGAUUACCAAUUCAAGUUCAUCUAAAAAUUUUGUGUCAAAAAGUUCAGAUGUCAAUCAUAAAUUUCAACUUGUUCGACAAUCAUUCGCGCGAUCCAUUCGAAAUAAAACGUGAUCGUAUCGCAACACGUGUUUUUAUUUUACUCUUCGUGAUAGCAAUUAGUGUUCUUAUAAUUAAUACAUCGAUAUCGGUUCAAACUAUUACUAAUACUAUACAAAAUCCAUCACAGAUGCAAUAUGAAAAAUUACUAGAGCGAUAUUCAACUACACUGAAAUGUCCAUGCAAUAUUAUAUCAAUCCCUCAUAAAGAAUUUAUUCAAAUUACUCCGAUAUAUCAUCAAUUAUGCGGAAGUGAUUUUAUUCAGUCAUGGUGGUACAAUAGUCUUUCUGUUAAAGGAGCUGAUUAUAUUCCGGGCAAUUUCGUUUUCUUUGCUGCAUCUUAUUUUCGAACACUAGCCAUGUUUUGUGAAAUAGCAGAUUUGACUAUUGUCGAUGCAAUUCGCCGUUUUUCUUCAAUAAUGUUUGUAAAUGCGCAAGUUAUUUCACAUAAUUUAUUUGAUUCGAAAACAAAAGAUAUUAUAGAUACAUUUAUAAACUCGACUCGUGCAGAAUUCGCAAAUAGUUUAUCAUUGAUUAAUGAAGUCGUUCAUGCUAAUCAAUAUAUAAGCGGUAUGUUGACAAAUGGUGGUCCUGCUAUAGUAAAUGUUUCUAGUUACAUAACAUCGGUGGAGAAUCCUUACCGCAUUGUUUGGUUCAAUCAAAUCGGUCUAAAAACAAAUAAUCAAACAUGUUCUUGUGGUAUUGAUCCUGAAUGCGACAGGGGACUCCUUGGAAUCAACGUUUUCCGUACGAUUCCGGGAAUAUCUGAUCUUCGUAUUCGUGGUGCUGCAUAUUUUGGUUUUCUAGCAAAAUUAUGCAAACUUUCACAAACAACUAUUAAAAAUGCAAUUGAUCAAUUUUUAGAAACAUCAUUUAUAAGUAGUCAAAUAAUGCCUCAAUCACAAUUUAAUAUUCAGAUGAAUGAAACUACUAGUCAAUUUGAAACUAAUACACUGGUUCAAUUUUCUCAUGUCUUGCAACUUACACGUGAUGUAAUAGACAAGAACACUUUCAUAUCUACUCAUUUAUUAAAUUGGCAUUGGUCUGUAAAUAGCAUCGAUUUGUAUCAGACCAUUCCGGCAGAAGCUAUCAUGCUCAAUAAUGAAUGUUCUUGUGGAGUAAGAAGUGAUUGUUCAGAAUCUGGUGGUAUCUAUACAUCAUUUUCUAAUAUUAAAAAUUUUACAAUGCCUGGAAUCAAUGUAAGUUGUUCGGUAGUCGAAACAUUGAUGCAGUCAACAUUCGAAUGCUUAUACAAUCAAACAUGUAUUGAUGAAUUCCAACACUAUGCUACAACAGUACCUAUUGUUAUUUCCAAUGCAACAAAUGUAACAGCUAUGAAAUCUAUGUUGUCAAGUCGUUUUUCAUCACAUAUAGCAAUUCGUGAUAUUGUUGGCGCACUUUUUAUCGAAAAAUUGCAAAUCAAUUUUUCUUAUUCUGCUUUCUACCAACGUUGUACUCCGGCAUAUUGCUCUUACACAUUGGUGAAGUUAAUAGUGAUACUUAAUAAAGGAUCUCAAUAA